AUUCCAUGGACGGGAGCCCGGCCUCCGAGAUCAACCGGCGGGUCAAAGGCCGCAAGAGGGGCCGUGAGAGAGGAGCCGCCUCCAGCACUGGGCCCGCGCCCGUCAAGAGACGCAGCCACCGGCAGAGGCCGCCGCCCCGGGAACAGCCGAGCCCCCCGGCCUGGCAGCCCCCGACCACGGCGGCGGCGGCGGUGGAGGAGAUGAAUUGCAACAGUGAUGAGGACCUCUUUGGAGACUACGACAGCUUUGCAAAUGACAGUGGCUUUUUGGUGCAGCUUGAUGAAGCAGAGAGAGGAAUUUCUAACUGUACCAAAGUUCUGACUUCUAGCCCUGUGGAAGAUGACAAGAAACUCCAUAACCACGAAUAUCAGCCAACAUUUAACAAUCCUGAGUUACUUAAUUGUUCACAAAAUGACAAAAAUGAAUCAGAUGAGCAGUAUCCUUCUAAAUGUACAAACCUUACUGAUGUCAAAGCAGAUAAAGACUGUGUUGUAAAGAAGAGAAACAUAACCAUGGCAGAAGGUUGGCAUGUGCCACAAGUUGAAAAUACAAAUGUACUUGAUGAAUUACCUAGCUCACAACUUGAAGUAAAGGAUGGGGUGAACUCAUUCCUGAUCGAGCAUGAAAAUGUAGAUUUAGUAGCAGAAGACAAUAGCUGUUUGAACUAUUGUCAUGAUAAUAAUUUUGAAAUGCCUUCAGUUUCGGAGGCUAAAAUGGCAAAUACUGGCAAAAUAACUAAGCAAUCAGGAACUACAAAUUCUGGGACCAGUGCCCGGAGAAGUCUGACAGAUCAGAUGAAAAGCGCAAUGGCUGGAAAUGCUUCUGCUCCAGUACCACAGAUGUCAAAAAGUAAACAACUGAAAGAUGCUGCAGUUACUGAAGAGAUAAAUGUUGCUAUGAGAACGAUUGAAGCUACUUCCGAUGUUGACAUGGGCCCUUUCUAUGGACUUCCAAGCAAAAUUCGGGAUUUGAUUUUCCAGUUCAAAGGCAUCAAAGAUCUUUAUGAAUGGCAACACACUUGUUUGACUUUGGAAUCCUUGCAGCAAAGAAAGAAUCUAAUUUAUUCACUGCCGACGAGCGGUGGGAAGACACUGGUUGCUGAGAUUUUGAUCAUGCAGGAGCUACUGUGCAGGAAGAGAGAUGUACUGUUUGUUUUACCGUAUGUGGCUAUUGUCCAAGAAAAGGUCCGAGGUCUCUCAGGUUUUGGAGUAGAAUUUAAUUUCUUGGUGGAAGAAUAUGCCGGGAGCAAAGGGAAGUUUCCUCCAAUCAAACGUAGAGAGAAGAAUUCCCUGUAUAUUGCCACCAUUGAGAAGGCUCACAGUUUGGUGAACUCCCUAAUAGAAACCGAAAGAAUUAAUAGUUUGGGACUUGUUGUAAUAGAUGAGUUGCAUAUGCUCGGUGAAGGAAGCCGUGGAGCUAUACUAGAGAUGACUCUGUCAAAAAUUUUCUACACAAGCAAAAUUACACAGAUUAUCGGAAUGAGUGCGACCCUGAAUAAUGUUGGUGAUUUGCAGCGUUUUCUGGACGCAGAACAUUACACCAAUAACUUUCGACCUGUCCAGUUAAAAGAAUAUGUAAAAAUUCACGAUAGUAUUUACGAGGUGGACAACAAAACUGAAGACAGGUUUACGUUUUCCCGUGUUUUAAAUUAUAAGUAUUCUAGUAAUAUGCAAAAGGUGGAUCCAGAUCACCUGAUUGCACUGGUGACAGAAGUUAUUCCGAAGUAUUCCUGCCUUGUCUUCUGUCCCACCAAAAAGAACUGUGAAAAUGUGGCCAAACUGCUCUGCAAGUAUUUAAACGAAUCAUUUGCAAACCUGAAGAAGAAAGAAAAGCAUGAUUGUAUCGCAGAGUUAAAAAACAUUGGAAAUGGAAGUAUCUGUCCCAUUUUAUGCAAAACUGUGCCAUAUGGAAUAGCGUACCACCACAGUGGCCUAACAAAUGAUGAAAGACGGCUUAUAGAGGAGGCCUAUUCUGCAGGAAUACUCUGUGUGCUAACAUGUACAUCAACAUUAGCUGCUGGUGUUAAUCUCCCUGGUCGAAGGGUUAUUCUGAGAUCGCCUUAUAUUGCCAGAGAUUUUCUAAAGAGGAAUCAGUACAAACAGAUGGUUGGCAGGGCUGGUCGGGCUGGCAUUGAUUCAGAAGGAGAGAGCAUCCUGAUAGUGCAAGAGAAAGACAAACAGAUGGUGACAGAUUUAGUAAGCAGACCAUCAGAAGGUUGUUACAGCAACCUUCUGUGUGACCAUGGAAAAGGAAUUAAAGCUUUGCUGCUGUCCUUAAUUGGGCUAAAGAUUACCCAGACACCUGAAGAAAUUGUUCGGUUCUUGUCUGGCACUCUGUUUAGUGUGCAGCAGCAACAGCUGUCUGAUGGGAAAAGCCUUUGGGAGGUCACAAAGCAAACCCUGGAAUUGUUGAUCGAAAAGGGUCUAAUAAGUGACAAAGUAUCCCAUAAAAGCAGUGAACAGGAAAUACGCCACACUUUAGAAGUGACAACGCUGGGUCACGCUACUUAUAAAGGAUCAAUCGACUUGGAAUACUGCGAUGUCUUGUACAAGAACUUGAAGAAAGGUUUGGAGGGUCUAGUGCUUAGUAACUACCUUCAUCUCAUCUACCUGGUGACUCCAUAUGAUUUAGUAUCCCAAUGCACCCCAGACUGGAUGAUCUUUUUUAGGCAGUUUCAUCAGCUAGAUGUAAUUGAGCAGAGAGUAUUUACCCUUAUGGGCAUACAAGAGAGCUUCCUUACAAAGAAGGCAUCCGGACAAGCUGUGAAAACGACUGUAGAUGGCUUUGUGGUAAGCCAGUUCUACCUCUCCCUGGUGCUUUAUUCCCUGGUCAAAGAGGUGAAUAUAUGGACUGUAGCACUGAACUUCAACUUGCCCAGAGGCUUUGUGCAAAAUCUGCUAAAUUCAGCAGCAGCUUUCUCCUCUUCUGUUCUACAUUUCUGUGAGGAAUUAGAAGAGUUCUGGGCUUAUCGGUCUCUCUUUAAAGAGCUCACGCAUAAGCUCUCAUUCUGCGUCAAAACAGAACUUGUUCCUCUUAUGGAGGUAUCAGGCGUCAUGGAGGGUCGUGCUUGUCAGCUGUACAAUGCUGGUUAUAAAUCUUUAUGUCAUCUGGCCAAUGCAAACCCUGAGGUUUUGGUAAAGACAAUUGAACAUUUGUCCCGACGCCAGGCUAAACAAAUUGUCUUCUCUGCUAAAAUGCUCCUGAACGAAAAAACUGAAGCUUUACAAGAAGAAGUCGAAGAGCUUCUGAGGAUGCCCAGCGAUUUACCCUACAAUCUGUCACUUCUAUGUAGAGUUGUACAAUCUCUGAACAAAGAACAAAUGACCUGCCGAGUGCACAGCUACCAUCUUAACCAUGAUUAUAAUGACUGUAAAUAGGCACUUUUUUAAACUUUCAUCAUACUUCAUCAACUAGAAUUUCCUGGAGCAGAGGAAUAAAUGCAUAAAUACAACCUUAUUCCACAAAUGAAUGAGGUCUUGACUCAUGUAAAUUACAGCAAACAUUGUUGUCAGUCCAAAAAGACUAUUAAGAAUAAGAGUAAUCAUUCAAUACAAAUGUCUUAAUUUAUUGGGCUUCUGUUCCUCCUACAAUUUCAUUGUGUUUAACAGCCCUUUUAUAGAAUUAUAAAAUGCAAUUGAAAUAAAAUAUAUUUUUAAUGUUG